AUGCACAACAAGAUCUGCAAUGGCAAGUCCACCUGGGACGUCAUCAAGCAGAACGAAGACUUCAUGGGUCUUCCUACACCCAACAUGUCCAAGCCUGUCUUGGUGGAAUUUGAUGAAAUUCAGCAGAAACCUGGAACGAGUCUGCGAGCUGUCCUGGUCCUGGACCUUUCCAAGAGCAUGAACGCACAAAAACGACUGGAAACCCUAAAAGAUGUUCUCGACGACUUCCUCCUGAGUUUGCUCGACGACUUGGUACAGCUCGCCAUCGUCACGUUCAGCACAGUCGCGAAGGUCCUGCACCCCAUGAUGGCUGUCAAUCACCAAACGGUAGAAGGCUUUCGAGAUGCUGUGAAGAACAUGUCGGUGGUGGCCCGUACCUGCAUUGGGUGUGGACUUCAGCGUGCUCUGGAGGUGCUGAAUACUUCCAGCGAGACUCCAGAAUGGGCAAUAAUUGUGCUUUUCACUGAUGGCAUGGAGAAUGAGUACCCCUCCAUAGACGACGUCUGGCCGCAGCUGUUGGCGUCAAAGGUCCAAGUUGUGACUAUGGCGAUGGGUGAUAAUGCCGAAGAUAGGCUUGAGGAACUGGCUGCAGAAACGAAAGGGCAAAGCUACUUCUUUCCUGAUCCCCUUGAAAACACAGUGGGAAGCGACAUUGAAGACGCCAACAGUCAGGCGCACGAGCGCACACAUCACCCGUCGGCGAAUGGAGCCACCAUUAAUUUCUGCGAGUUGCUGGUAGCGUUUUCCACGGUGCACACCAUGUAA